UGUGACUUCGGAUACGGGAGCUGCCUCCGCCAUCUCUACCUUUACCGAGCGCUCCCUACUUGAUACUGUACUUCCGAAACUCCGACUUCAUGUGAACCUCCUUUGGAUGGAGCUCUUGAUCUGUGCUGUGAUUACUACCAUCAGUACUGGCGAUGAACACCCCAUACACAUCCUACACGCUACGAUCAUGAUAUCACCCACCCAUCGCGACCCACAUCCAAGGCCAAAAGGCGAAACGUUUGGUCUUCUUCCCAACGAUUGUUGCCUGCUCUCUUUCCUGCCAUGUCUCUCUCACUCUUUCGAAUGUGCAUAUUAGCAAUCAUCCUCCCUCUCGCGCUGUCCCUAAAUAUUUCGCUGGAUGGCCCCGCAGUAUUGUUCCAGAGGACUCCUAUAAACUUGCACUGGACGUCAGGAGACCCUGAUAAAUUCAAUCUUGGUGUAUACCAGGGAAAAUUGACCGAGGACGUACCAAAUCACCACUUAUUACACGUUCCCGUGAACCAAGUCGUGACACAUUUCACACAAUACAAAGUCGUCUAUAUGACCUUCAAUAUCUCUUCGCCGAGCCCUGUUGUGAAGGACUAUAUUCUGCUGGCUUGGAUCAACGGGUACGCUUCAGGUGCCAUGCAUUUAGGUUUCUCUUUUGAAAAGAUGAUCUUAAGACACCAUAACAAUUAUGCUAAUAGCUCCUGGUUUACGGUGGAAUUAAACACGACUCCAACACUUAUUUCCACCUCAACAAUCCUCGGUACAACUGUUACAGCCAGUACCUCUUUGGCAACAACAGAGCUUGAUCCUCAGGCAGGACAAACAACAACGGCAUCGACAUCCAGUGCGCAGACUAAACCCAGUUCACAUACGGGGGCUAUCGUAGGUGGCGUCCUCGGCUCACUUGCGCUUUUGUGUAUCAUAUCAGGUCUCGCACUUUUCAUGCUGCGCAGGCGACGAAGAUCGAGAAAUUCAGCGCCGUCGCGUGCUUUUUGGAAGUAUCUGGAUGAGAAGAAGGGUCCACAGAGCCCUGAGCCUCUUCAGCAUCCUUCGCCUGCAUACUCCCCAGCUGUACGAGUCCGCCCGCUGUCCCUUCGACAAGAAGAUUACUAUCACAGGAUAAAGUGAUGAGAGAAGAGUAGUUCUUGUUGUGGAGUAUCAGGCCAAGAAGUUUGUGUAAAGUAAUGUGGUGUUUCGACGAGAUGGCGAUACGGCGGCGAUCAGUUCCUACAAAUGUAUGCUGCAAGAAUACUUCUUUUUGCAAUAGAGAGAUAUGAUAUAGAGCAAUAGCCUUGUCAAGUCUUGACCGAUUUCCUCAGCUAUCGUGUCAAUCUAUCAAUUCCGAGUCCGUUCCCUGAGCCCCGGUCGGCAGUAAGUGCCUCGUGCCGAACUUGGCAUUCUUCUAGGUACAAACGUCUGCCUUUACCUUAAUUGGCGCCAGCGUCGACAGCCCCAUGCGCUGUGUUGCAUGAUAUCAAGGCCGGUGAUGAUUCGAGUGUGGCUGAGACAACU